AUGGGUGUCUUCAUUCUGAGCGAAACCAGCGCCGGCUAUGCGCUCUUCAAGGCGAAGGACAAGAAGCUACUGAAGGGCGGCGAGGACCUGACCAAGGUUGAAGACGCAGCCGGCGCUUUGAAGCUCAAGAAAUUUACCAAAUUCGAGAAUGCCGUCACCGCUCUCAACGAAGCCGCUGCACUUUCGGACAGCAAGGUGACGCCUCUGCUGUCGAAACUGCUCGAGGAGCUCAAGGAUGAGACCAAGGCGUCCCUCGCUGUUGCCGAUGCUAAGCUUGGUAACGCCAUCGCACAGCUGCCCGGCCUUUCCCUCAAGAUCGUCAGCGACCAGUCAUCCACCAGCGACGUCUACAGGGCUAUUCGCGAACAUCUGCCAUCCCUGAUUCCUGACAUGGUCCCCAACGAAGUCAAUGCGACGAGGCUGGGCUUGGCCCACUCGCUCUCGCGGCACAAGUUGAAGUUCUCUCCGGAUAAGGUUGAUACUAUGAUCAUUCAAAGCAUCGGCAGUCUGGACGUCCUAGACAAGCAGCUGAACACGUAUGCCAUGAGAGUUAAGGAGUGGUACGGGUGGCACUUCCCGGAACUUGCCAAGAUUCUCAACGACAACCUCGCCUACAGUCGAGUCGUGCUCAAGAUGGGAUUCCGCUCCAACGCUCGCGAAGCCGAUCUUUCUUCCAUUUUGCCAGAAGAGAUUGAGACGGCUGUCAAGGCUGCUGCCGAGAUCUCCAUGGGAACCGAAAUCAGUGAAGAAGAUCUGGAGGCAACGAGUGCGUUGGCCGAGCAAGUGGUCGAUCUUACCGAGCACCGCCAGAGCCUUUCCAACUACCUGAGCAGUCGCAUGCAGGCGCUUGCACCCAACCUAACCCAGUUGGUUGGUGACCUCGUUGGAGCUCGCUUGAUCGCGCACGCCGGUUCUUUGACCAACCUAGCCAAGUCCCCAGGUUCCACCAUCCAGAUUCUUGGAGCUGAAAAGGCACUGUUCCGAGCUCUCAAGACCAAGCAUGACACACCUAAGUACGGUCUUAUCUAUCACGCUUCGCUUAUUGGCCAGGCCACUGGCAAGAACAAGGGCAAGAUUGCGCGUAUGCUGGCUGCCAAGUCUGCCCUCGGUCUGCGCGUAGAUGCUCUCAGCACCUGGGGUGUCGGCUCUGAAGAUACUUCCAAGGAACCGACCGAAGAGGAGAAGGCUCAGCUCGGUCGUGAUGCGCGGUCCACCAUAGAGAGACGUUUGAGGGCGCUCGAAGGCAAGCCUCUGAAGAGCUUGGCGAAUGCUAACCAGGUACCGGUUGCGCAGAAAUGGGAAGUCAAGGAGGCACGGAAGUACAACCCUGACGCUGAUGGCCUGACGGGUGACGAGCCUGCUGCGAAGAAGGCCAAGGGCCAGAUUAAUGGAACGACACCGAAGAAGCUCGUACAGGAAGUUGAGAGCGAAGAUGAGGACGAGGAUGUCACCAUGGGCGAUGCCGGUGCUGAGGACUCAGACUCAGACGCAGAGGAGCAGGUCACUGGGUCCACUCCCAAGGACAAGAAGGCCGCAAAGAAAGCCGAGAAGGAAGCUAAAAAGGCACGGAAAGCUGAGCGCGCAGCGAAGCGUGAAGCCAAGAUUGCAAAGCAGGCCGCUAAGGAGGCGAAGAAGGCAGAGAAAGCCACGUCGGACAAGAAGCGAAAACACGAUGACGACGAGGAUAAGACAGAGAAGAAGAAGAAGAAGAGCAAGGACUAG